UCGCGGCCCGGCUCGGUGUCGGGUGCGCGCUCUGUGUGGCCGCUGCCGCCAUGUUGUUGUGGUUGUGAGAAGGCGGCGGCGGCGGCGGAGGAGCAGCCGGAGGAGACGCUCCCGCGGCCCAGGCGCUGCCCCCCGCCCGCCCUGGCUGGGAGCCCCGUGGGGUGGCGGAGGAGGGCCGUGCCGUGACGGGGCUCGCCAUGUCCUGCCGCCCGAUUUUCUUGUGAAACCUUUGUUGUUGUUGAAAAAGUUUCUGGGGCAUACGUCAUUUGGCAUAAAAGAAAAAUUUUGCUAGACACUGAAGAAGGGACGGGGAUCUCUCCUCCUGAUCUGGGCUUCCUGUCAUGGAUGAAGAGACUCGACACAGCCUUGAAUGUAUCCAGGCUAAUCAGAUUUUUCCCAGGAAGCAGCUGAUCCGGGAGGAUGAUAAUCUUCAGGUUCCUUUUCUUGAACUUCAUGGAGAAAGCACAGAGUAUGUGGGCCGAGCUGAGGAUGCCAUUAUCGCCCUUUCUAAUUAUAGACUUCACAUCAAGUUCAAGGAGUCUCUCGUUAAUGUUCCAUUACAGCUUAUAGAAAGUGUUGAAUGCCGAGAUAUAUUUCAGCUUCAUCUGACGUGCAAAGACUGCAAAGUUAUCAGGUGUCAGUUCUCAACCUUUGAGCAAUGUCAAGAGUGGCUUAAGAGACUGAACAAUGCAAUCCGACCACCCGCUAAAAUAGAAGAUCUCUUCUCAUUCGCAUACCAUGCUUGGUGUAUGGAGGUCUAUGCCAGUGAAAAAGAACAACAUGGAGAUCUGUGCAGACCAGGGGAGCAUGUAACAUCAAGGUUCAAAAAUGAAGUGGAGCGAAUGGGUUUUGACAUGAACAAUGCUUGGAGGAUUUCCAACAUCAAUGAGAAGUAUAAGUUAUGUGGUAGCUAUCCACAGGAGCUCAUAGUGCCUGCCUGGAUCACGGACAAGGAACUAGAAAGUGUAGCAAGCUUCAGAUCCUGGAAGCGCAUCCCUGCUGUUGUCUAUAGGCACCAGAGCAAUGGCGCUGUCAUUGCCCGCUGUGGACAGCCAGAAGUCAGCUGGUGGGGAUGGCGAAAUGCUGAUGAUGAACACCUGGUGCAGUCAGUAGCCAAAGCUUGUGCCUCUGACUCCAGAUCAAGUGGCAACAAGCCGUCAACUAGGAGCAGUUCUCGUGACUUUCCCAAUGCUGGAGACCUUUCUGAUGUGGAGUUCGAUUCUUCCCUUUCAAAUGCUUCAGGAACAGAGACAUUAAGCAUCCAACCACAGAAGCUUUUGAUCUUGGAUGCACGCUCCUAUGCAGCAGCUGUGGCAAACCGAGCCAAAGGAGGAGGCUGUGAAUGCCCAGAGUAUUACCCGAACUGUGAAGUUGUAUUUAUGGGGAUGGCAAAUAUUCAUUCAAUUCGGAGGAGUUUUCAGUCUCUGCGGUUGUUGUGCACACAGAUGCCAGAUCCGGGAAAUUGGCUCUCAGCUCUUGAAAGCACAAAAUGGCUCCACCACCUGUCUGUACUUCUGAAGUCAGCCCUUUUGGUAGUACAUGCUGUGGAUCGUGAUCAGCGACCAGUUCUAGCACACUGCUCAGAUGGCUGGGACCGCACCCCUCAGAUUGUGGCGUUGGCUAAGCUCUUGCUGGACCCUUAUUACCGAACAAUAGAGGGUUUCCAAGUUCUUGUAGAGAUGGAGUGGCUGGAUUUUGGUCACAAAUUUGCUGACCGCUGUGGUCAUGGUGAGAACUCAGAUGAUCUCAAUGAGCGGUGCCCAGUGUUCCUGCAGUGGCUUGACUGCGUCCAUCAGCUUCAGAGGCAAUUUCCUUGCUCUUUUGAAUUCAAUGAAGCAUUCCUUGUGAAACUGGUGCAACAUACUUAUUCCUGCCUCUUUGGAACAUUCCUGUGCAACAAUGCCAAGGAGAGAGGCGAAAAGCAUACUCAGGAGCGGACGUGUUCCGUGUGGUCACUACUUCGGGCAGGCAACAAGGCUUUCAAAAACCUACUGUAUUCCUCUCAAUCAGAAGCCGUGCUGUACCCUGUGUGCCAUGUGCGUAACCUGAUGCUGUGGAGUGCAGUAUACCUGCCCUGCCCAUCCCCAUCCACUCCUGUGGAUGACAGCUGUGCACCAUACCCAGCCCCUGGCACCACCUCUGAUGACCCACCCCUUAGCCGGCUACCAAAGACUAGAUCAUUUGACAAUCUGACCACAGUCUGCGACAACACAGUGCCUCUAGCCAGCCGGCGCAGCAGUGACCCAAGCCUGAAUGAGAAGUGGCAGGAACAUCGGCGCUCGCUAGAAUUGAGUAGUUUGGCUUGUCCUGGUGAAGAGCCUUUUGAUCCUGAUACCCUAGGGAAACCAACCAGAGUGCUGGGUGGUGCUGAGCUGUCUGUUGCAGCUGGAGUGGCCGAGGGGCAGAUGGAGAACAUUUUACAAGAGGCCACCAAAGAGGAGAGUGGGAUAGAGGAGUCCACUCUUAGGGGGAGCCUGGAGGUACAGGAGGGCAAAGUGGAGGCUCACUUUGAGAAGGCGGGCAAGGGAAAGACCCCUGAGGGGCCAGCUGUUGUAUCUCAUCCAGAAACGGAACUGGACGAUGCUGCUCUGAGGAGCCAUCCAGGCACCAGCCUGACUCCAUUCUGGCAGGGUAUUUCUGAGCAGCAGGGUGGGCAUAGUGUUCUUCCCAGUUCUUUCCAGAAGCCCCACUGGGGAGAGGAUGCCCAGGAAGUCCCUGAAGAGCAGCCUCGAAUAGGAGCCAUCCCAGAAGACAGAGAGGAAGCAGUUGUUCCAGUGCUAGGAGAUACGAAAGUUGGCUAUAGUGCUUCACCAUCCAGUUCUCUGAUGCCCUCCCAAAUCCCACUUGAGGCCAGAGGACCAAAUACAGACAGUUCUAUGGACAUGUUAUUGGAAGAUAGGAUGAAGUCAGAAAGUGGACUUCAGAGCCAUCAUAGACCUUGCCUGGUUAAUAGUAGCAGGCUCAGUGGCAAGGACAUGCUUCCUGAAACCAUGGAGCCCAGACCUUCAGAGAGGAACCUGGCUGAAAGGCCCCAACUGGGAUCUGUGGUACACAGGACUUCCCCUGGCGGCACCUAUAGUCCUACACAUUCUCCUUGUGCCUUGCCUUUAGCUGAAUGUAAAGAGGGGCUUGUGUGCAAUGGUGCCCCAGAGAUGGAAAAUAAAGCCUCAGAGCAGCCCCCCGGGCUUAGCGCCCUUCAGAAGUACCCAACCCCCAAUGGACACUGUGCCAAUGGGGAGACUGGUAGGAGCAAGGACUCGCUUAGCCGCCAGCUAUCUGGCACAAGCUGCAGCUCUACUCACUUACAUUCGAGGAACUUGCACCACAAGUGGCUGCACGGCCACUCGGGGAGGCCAUCUGCAGCUGGCAGCCCUGACCAGCCUUCCCGCAGCCACCUGGACGAUGACGGCAUGCCCGUGUACACGGACACCAUCCAGCAGCGCCUGCGGCAGAUUGAGUCAGGCCACCAGCAGGAGGUAGAGACCUUGAAGAAACAAGUCCAGGAACUGAGGAGUCGCUUGGAGAGCCAGUACCUGACCAGCUCCUUACGCUUCAACGGGGACUUUGGGGAUGAAGUGACUUCAAUCCCUGACUCGGAAAGCAAUCUGGAUCAGAACUGUUUGUCUCGCUGCAGCACAGAGAUUUUCUCUGAAGCCAGCUGGGAGCAGGUGGAUAAACAGGACACAGAGAUGACCCGUUGGCUUCCUGAUCACCUGGCUGCCCACUGCUAUGCAUGUGACAGCGCCUUCUGGCUGGCCAGCAGGAAACACCACUGCAGGGAUACUGACCGUGUUGAUCAAACGUGGAAUUGUGGGAACGUAUUCUGCUCCAGUUGUUGUAACCAGAAGGUUCCAGUUCCUAGCCAGCAGCUCUUUGAGCCCAGUCGAGUGUGCAAGUCUUGCUAUAGCAGUCUGCAUCCCACAAGCUCCAGCAUCGACCUUGAACUGGAUAAACCCAUUGCUGCCACUUCCAACUGAAGCUCAGUGACCUGGGGUGGGCAGAGGCCAAGCUGCUGUUCCUCUGACAGGCCCACACAGCCUGGGCAGACUAAGAGGCCCGUGCACUUUGGAAUGGGGCAUGAAACCACCUGGGCAGAGUGACAGAAAUUUGGGGUGUACCACUGGAUUGUAGAUUGGUUUUUUUUUUCCCCACUUCUUCUCCCAACUCCCAAUCCUCACCCCUAUUUCCAUAUUUCAGUACUCUGAGGGAAGUCCCCCGGUUGUGUUUUUAAAAAAUUUUUGUUGGAUGGAAGACCAGAGAUUACCAGGCUCUUGUAAUGCCAAGCUGCAGGCAAUGCUGAGGGUUGGCUUGGUUCCUCAGGAUGGGAGGAGGCUGGUCAGAGUCAGGAGUGGAAACCUGUGAUAGUGAACGUGGAAGAAAGCCAGCACUAAUGUUCAUGGCCAAUCCACCAACACAGAAGAGCUGGUUGGAAAACUUUAGAAGCCGGGGAAGGUAGAAGCAUCUUCCCUAACUGCACUAUCCUGGUGCCCUAUCCUUGUGAAGGGGUGAGGACCGGCCCAUAUCUCAGAUAAGUUAAGGGAAUUGUCAUUUGGAGGCAGGAACACAUUGUUAGUUUGAUCCUUAGGUGCCUCCAGUCCCCACCCCCUUGGGAAAGGAAAGUGUGGACUCCUCUGAAGCAAGUGAGAGGAGCUGGGAAUGGGGGCCAGCAUGUUCCUGCCCCAUGGGAUUCUUUUUAAACUGGCCCAGCCAAUUGAGGGCUGCCUUCACUGUCGGUAGCCUGCCCCUUUGGCCGUCUGUGUCGCGCUUCUCACCCUCAGGGCCUGAGAGUGCAGAAUGCCGAGCACAGUGUUCUGUUCCUGGGACCAAGGCCAAAGCCUGUCCUGAGCCCAGACAUACCUGGGAGCCUCUUGCAGCAUUUGGUCUCCCCCAAAAUUUCUAUUCUAGGCCAGCACAGGAAAUCCAGACUCAGGGUUCCAAAAAUUUCCCUAUUCCCAAACCAAACAAAUCAUGGAUCUCACCCUUAAGGGGUCGAAUCAGCCUUCUAGAGUGUAGCCUCUGGAAAAGGGAACAUGUCCCCUCACAAUCAGCCUUUCUUCUCCUUCCCUUCUUGGGGCAGCAGAUAAGGCACAGCAACACCACCACCCCCCUGCCCUCCUUCCGUGCUGCCUCAGUGGCACAUGUCUGGCUGAGGGCCAGCAGUAAGGGGCCACUUAGUGACUCUGCAGGGUUCCUUAGCCUUUAGGCGAUUCAAGGCACCUUUCCUCAGUAAGCUUUGGUGUGGUCCAUAAAAGAGCCUUAAAUCAAGAAUAUUUGUGGUAGUGGUGGAGAUGGGAAGAGUGGAGAGGAGUUUAGGUUUGUGCUUUGUGAUCUUGACAUCCAUGUUUUGUGCCUGCCCUCCCUUGGGGAAUGGGCCAUGCUUGGCUCUGCUGAAAGCUGCUAACUGGUAACAGGGCGGGUGGUGGUGAGGGUUGGGGCGAGGCCAGGGAACUCUGUGGCCCUCUGGAAGUAGUUUCCUGGCCAAGAACAAGUUGUGACUCAGGAACAUGGCUCCUGUGUAUGCCUAGGUGUGGUUGAGACGUGACCUAGAAACCUUCCCUGGAGCUGGCAGUCCAGAGCAUGAGUGCUUCUCCUACUCCCCAGUGGUAGCAAGUUGCUUGGAGUUUGAAUUUAAUGAACAGGGUGUCUGUAGUUCUCCCCACUCUGUGUGGUCUGGCCACACAGAACUGGAGAAGUCAGUCUAAUUGAAGAUUGUGCAGUUCAGUGACAGGUGCCAAGAGGUUAUGAUACGGGUUUCUUGGGUCUGAUGUACAGUGUGAAUAAAUGCUUGCAGCUUUUAGCCCUUUUUUGAUCAAUGAAGCACUUUUUUAUUAAUAUUUUCUUUGUAUGUAAAGGAGGAACCAUAACUCUCCGUAGCUGUACAUAUAACCCUUUUCUCCUAAAGAGGAGUCAGUACUCCUAUAUUUUUCAUUUUUUGUCAAAGCAAGAAGUAAAUACUUUAGAACUGUUAAAUAUAUAAAUAAAAUGAAUAAAGUUUAGUGUUGCGCAUGGUA